AUGUUAUCAUUGUUUCCAGAUCAAGUAGGUUAUAACUACAGUCAAGAUAUCACUGUAUUAUUGGUAUCAUCAGUUCAAACAUCAGCAUCAAUCGUCUACACAUCACCUUAUGCAGGACAGUUCAAGUCCAAUGUCCGUGUCAACUCAGUUGUAGCCUAUCCCUCAGAGUCAUACAAACAGUUGGACUAUACUAAUAUGAAGGUAGACUUCUUUGUCAACUCGACCGGACUCAGCUACAUAGUCAACAACCUUACAGAAUGUAACACUGUCGUCAAGAGAGUACUCGGAUCACCAAGCACCUCAGUCCUAUCCUACUACUUUCAUAUGAUAUACCGUCCGGUGGAGAUUGAAGUCCAACAAGUCAACUCCAGUCUCAAGACCACUUCUUCAUUUUCUUGGUCCAAUGAUAAGUUCCCUGAUGUUACCACAGUUCCUUUGAAUAUCCAGUUCAAGGAGACGGUUUCAAGUUUUGUGACUACUGUUAUUGAUGCUUCGUUGAACACUUUCAAGUCUCAUCAGAUAUCGGGAGUAAAUGAGAUUCAGAAGACAUACGUCUCGUAUCCAUUCGGCUUCAAGUCCAACUCCAACCCAUCAUCACUCACCUUUGAAGCUGUAUUCUCCAUGAAUGAGUACCGCCUUCCCAACACCUCAAUCUCGAUCUACAGACCUCAAGUUGACUAUGCAUCCUUGGAAACCGCUUAUGGCAACACCACCAGCAUCGAUGAUCUACCUCCAAGUUUGAUCAAUCUAAACUUUGUAGCGAUUGACCCAUUCACAUACUUGGUACAAGCAGAGGUGAAUGAUUCAAUGAGUAGAGUAGCAACUUUGAUGUUGUAUUAUGGCAGAGAAACAAUUGAUACGAUAUUAUUGACAUCUGCCGAUGUUGUUGGUGGUGGUGGAGAUAACAACAAUCAUGUAUUCUGGGAGUCCAUUGUAACUAUCAACAGUAGGAGCACCAACUAUAUACCAAGACCACGUGAAGUCCAUCUAUUUGACUAUACAGGCAAUCAGAUGGCUUCAUUAAGCAACUUUGGCCGAGUAUACUCCUUGAUCUACAAUGCCAACUUCAAGACCAUUAACAGUCCAGGUUUACCCAUCACUAUUGACAUGAUCACUACAUUCAAGUUUGAUAAGUAUGUGAUGGAUGUAUCGAGUGGAUCAGUGAACAACAGGUUGUUAUUCAAUAUGUCAAAGAUUGUGUAUAGUUGGAAACCAGAGUUGGUCUUUGGUGAUGAUUUACAGAAUCCAAUGUAUCGUGCUCGUGGUAAAUAUGACUACAGUCUUCAGUUGUAUGUCAUACCAUUCACAGUGCCAGCCAGGACGUUCACAACCUCCAUGAACUACUUCAUUGAUUGUCGACCAGAGCACCUCGACAUUGCCUUCUUCAAUCUCAAAUUCCCCAACACCUCCACAGUCCAGAUCAUCUCAACAUAUGGUGAUGAACUUCCACCGAUGAUCACCAAGAUAUUGGCUUUCCCAAACAAGACAGUUGAUAUAUCAAAGGGUACUUCUACUUUGAUUGGAUGGGACCUGACAAUUGAGGAUGUACCAAAUGGAUUCAGCAAGGGAGUGUUCAACAUCAGUAGUAAUACCGAUGGUCAAUACCGAGUGAUCACAAUUGGUAAUGAACAAUUAGUUAAUGGAGUCUAUCAACUUAGAUUCAACGUAUCAAUGUGGUUGAGAACACAAACAUUCACCAUCCAAGACAUCCUACUCAUUGACACUUCAAACAACACUGGUCGAUACCACAAAGACUACUUUGUUGGCCCUGACAACCUCAUGUCCUCCAUCAACCCACUUGGAAAGGUGAUGGGAUCUCCAGAGCUAAACCUCACAAUCAUCAGCAACACUGGAGCAGUGACAGCACCUCAAGUAGUUAGUGUUCAGUUGUCUAGGACUAGUGUGGAUGUUGGAUCAAGUGAUAGGUCAGUCGGUAUAACGUUCACAGUUGAUUGUGGAACCUAUGCCUAUGCAUUCGAUCAUUCGCCAAUGGUAUACUUCACAUCAUCAUUCGAUCAGAUUACUGGAUGUACUGCUACAUUAUUUUCGGAUGAUCAAGUCAAUGUGAUCAUAUUCCAAGCCAAUUGUACACUGCCAUAUUCAUUUGGAUGGCCAUCACGUGUAGCCUAUCUCUCCAUUCAUGGACUUAUGAAUAUUGCCGGAUACAUGUCUGGAUUCUCGAACCAAGCACUUCCCAAUAACAACGUCACAAGAUUGGACAUCUCAUUCUCACAAACAACACCCAUCAUUGAGAGAUAUUUGGUUUCACCUGGAUCAGUGACUAUCAUUGGAAGGAACUUUGGUCUUGCACCUGGUUUGGUCAAAGGUGCACUGGACUUUGGUAAAUCAGUUGGUAUGCCAUUGGGCAUAUUGCCAUCAAUCCAAUCAGGUUCAAUGUUGAUCAUUGAAAGUGGGUACAUCAUGGCCAAGCCAUUCAAUAUCACAAUCAAAAACCUUGGUAUUUCAUCAAACAUGAUCCAAGUCAACGACCUACUUCCAACUAAUAGCAGUGGUGGCAAUGGAGGUGGUAGCAGUGGCAGUGGCGAUACCAAUGGUAACUCUACACAGCCAACGGUUACGUGUCCAGGCUCCCCACCUUGCUCCAAUAAUGGCGUGUGUAGUCCUACUCAGGGAUGUCAAUGUGUGAGUGGAUGGUAUGGCGAGGACUGUCUUUCAAAGGUGACCGACUCUGUGCCAACAUAUCAAGAUGAUCAACCAGAGACAACUAUUGUCGACAACAAGACAUCUACCAUCUCGACGAUCGAUGUUGUCAAAUUGAAAGAGUUUGACAAUGUUGGAAACAUGGUCGAUCAGAUGGGUGGUGGACUGGUCGUUGUCAAUGUCCAGUGGUUUGAUCAGGACACCGAUAUCCUCUUUGCUGGCGACACCAUCCACAUGAAGAAGUCAACGUUGAAGUACACAAUCAACUUGUCCAACUACACAUUCAAAUCAACGUUGAACACACUUCAGGUCAUAAUGCGUGUGGCCAUCAGUGGACCUGACAGCAACACUUGCACACAACAAAGUGUUGGCAACAUUGACGGCGAGGACAACAGUCUAUAUUGGAUGCGUCUGAGGGUCAAUGACGUCAGCUUGUACGGACACUUCAUCCAGCGUGCAUUAGUUGAUAAUAGGACACAUAUUAUAUCAAAUGUAUUGUUGGAUUCAUCUGAGCAACAAUCAAACAAUCAGGAACAGGCAACAAUGAUAGGUAUCAAUGUACCUCAUUUUGAUCAUCAAGUUACACUGGACCCCGAUUUUCAAUUAUUGAUCGAUACUGAUGGCAAUGGCAGUGGUACAUGUGGAUCAAGAUCAAAGUCAUUAUCAACCAAUGCUUUGAUAGGUAUCAUUGUUGGCGUGGCAAUAAUAACAACUGCCAUAGUUGUAGCUAUUGUGAUGUGGAGACUUAAGAAACAUAAAGAUAUCAGACACGAGAAACAGAUGCAAAUCAAACUUCAAAAGUUGACAUCAUAA